UAAUUUAGGAUUAUGUAAACCUGUAGAAUAUUUUCAAUCAUCUAAAAGAAAUGAUAUUUAUGGUGUUUUACCAUUUGUUGCACCUGAAGUUUUAAGGGGUCAACCUUAUACUUUAGCUACUCAUGAUUUUCAACUUAGUUUAAAUAUUUGUAAAGGUAAACGACCUAAAGAUAUUGAGAAUGUUCCACAAUGUUAUAUAAAUUUAAUGAAAAGAUGUUGGGAUGAAUGUCAAUCAAAAAGACCAGCUGCAUUUGAAAUUAAAAAAAUUAUUGAAAGUUGGCAUGAAUGUGAUAAAAACAAUAAUAAUGGAGUUAAAAAUAUUGAAGAAUAUACAGAAGUAGGUGAAAUAUUUGCCAUGUAG